CCAGUCACAUUCAAGCUCUAUUUCCCGCGCCGCGCUGUUGUUGGCUGGACUCACACAUCGUCUGCUGGAAAAGAAAUCUCCUUUGUCCUCACCGCGUUCGGGAGCGACUCAUUUGUUCCGUCAAAGAGGCUGCAAGUUGGAAGUGACAAUACCACGUAAGAGUCAUGAUUCGGUUUUACGUUUUCUUUAUAGUAACAGUGCUCGGUCCUUCGCUGUGCUUGCCAACAGAUGCGUGAGAAGUGUUCACAGAACACACGGCUCGGUUCGAUGUUGUAUUCUUAGCUUAGCUUAGUUCAUUCCUCUAAGCUGUUUGUGCGUGUCGUUUCCUCGUGGUCCAGUUUACUGACCGAAGAACGAGAAGACAAUCGGCAUGGAACAAGAACAGGAAGAAUCUAGUGUGACCUCCACUUCCGGGCUCUGGAUAUUUGGUUAUGGAUCUUUAUGCUGGAAUCCUGGCUUUGAAUUUGACAAGUCAGUUACUGGAUUCGUUCGCGGGUUUUCAAGAAAAUUCUGGCAAGGAAAUACAACGCACAGAGGAACUGAAAAUAAGCCUGGUCGUGUGGCAACACUGAUUGAAGAUAAGGAGAGCAUAGUUUGGGGGCGAGCCUUCGAGGUCCGUGGCGAAGCGGCUCUGCCCUAUCUGGACAGAAGGGAAUGCAAAUUGGGCGGCUACCGCGUUCAGCUCACCACGUUCUUCCCGGGGAAGUCGUCGUACCUUGCAGACGCCGACACCGGUCCCCUAACCACGUCAUUUCCCGCUGUGUUUUACGUCGCAUCUCCCUCAAACAAGCUAUGGCUCGGCGAUGCUCCUCUGACAGAUAUCGCAAGUCAGAUAGUAGAAUGCAGUGGACCUAGUGGUCACAACGUCGAGUAUCUUAUGCGACUAGCAGGCUUCAUGCGCGAAUGUGUUCCUGAAGCAGUAGACGAACACUUGUUCGCGCUGGAGUUUCUGGUCAGGUCGAGGAUAAAGGAGCAAAACCUGUGUUUGAAGACACUGAUGGGAGGUUCUCCCAUAUCUGCUUCGCCUCCCAGAACCCCACCACAAGAACCGGAAGACGCUGAUGAAAACGGUGCAGUCGGUGGAGAACCUGCCAUCAGACCAGACUCGUUCCAGUUCACUUCUCGAGUUCCUCCGAAGAAACUCCGUUGUCUGAAUAUCUGAUCGCUGUUGUCUGAUGGGUGCAUGGAGAUGCUUUGCGGCCUUCAUGGUUGGAUCCCAAACGAAGCUAAGAGUCAGAUACGACCAAAGACUCAAAGAGCUGUAAGUCCGAUUAGAUUUGUCGGAUGAAUUUUAAAAGUUUGAGGAUUCGUCUGGGAUCUGAUUUGUACGCCGACUUGAUGUGUGACGAUGCCGAGGACGUGGGGCUGAAACAUACAUGGAACAUUUUUAACCUUUUUAGGUGAUGGACUCUCACACGCAGUAUAAUGAUAUUUGCUGGUAAACUACUAAUUUCUUGUUCCAAAAGAUACGGAUAUCCGUUUCCAAACCAUAUUCCACACUCCAAGUUGACCUGAACGGCUGAAGAUAGGAGAGUUUCAUGGAAGGAACUGUAAAUUAAAUCGAUAUUACCAAAGAUUUAUUUAAGAAUAUUUUAUAUGUCUGUGGACAUUAGCAUUUUUUUUUUGCACGCUCAUAACAAAGUAUGUAGCCUACACUUCGCAAUUAACACAAAGAAAUGUCUAUUUGUGCAUUAAAUGUUUGUUCUGUGUCGUGAAUCUGGAAGAAAUCACAAUGAUUAUUAAUCCUAUGUAGUUCUAAUACUUUUAAGAUAUGACUACUGAAUACACUAUUUGUGUUGAUGAUUUUGAUGUGAAAUGUAAGUGUAGAAUGAAUCUUAAAAUGGAUAGAGAUCCUAUUCAUUGUUUGUUUUGGUACAGCGAUGAACUGCAAUUAGAAAAUUUGCUGUGCAGGACAAGAGAUGAUUGUUCCCUUCAUCUGACGUGGCCAAUUAAAAAUAUAAGUUCCACUGACAAUGCCAAACAUAGUAAUGGGACAGAAUGUGAAAUCUCGGCAGUUAUGUAAUAUAAGUAAUGCACCAUGUGAUGAUAGUGUAUAGGGGGCGCGAAGGCAAAGCUUGGCAAAUCGAACAUUGCUAAUGAAAUGAUCCGCCUUUCCAGUUCUAGCCUCUGAGGUGUAGUCUGUGCGCCAGCUCAAUCCAAUUACCGCUACCACAAACACGUCUCCCCACGACUUGUGUUUGUCUGUUCUGAUUUACAACGCUGUAACAACUUCUAAGCUUAUGCAGCACAGAAUGAGACAGGCUUACUAUUAAAGCGGGAGGAAUCUGGAAGGAAACGGCCGAGGUACUGCCCAGUAUUCAUAGGGAGUACUGAAGAAAAUCGAGAAAACAUCGCUCAAAUAAGCCAGUACCCGGUCGGGAUUCGAGUCGGAUGUCUUACAAAUGAAAGUCUGACGCGAUUUUCUGGUACUGACAGACUGAAUUCUUUGAGUUGUCGCGCGUGCCACGUGUCCAGUCCAUCACUGUCUUCUCCUCUGUUCUUAUGCUGCAGGUCACCGUAGAAGAGCUCUUCGCAUUUGGUCUCCGUAAAAGCUGCAAAUCUAACACAGUUAACAUUUAUAUGCACGCAUGUAAUAAACACGCUUUUUUAAUGACUGUGAUAUUUUAUGCUUAAUUGUGUAAAUUUAAACAUUCGCAAAAUGUCGGCGAAACAACUUGUCUUUCUUGUGUGUUAGUGUCUUCUGUAUAACUAUUUAUGAAUUUAUUGUAAGUAAUUAAAGGAAUGUUAACGCACA